CAGAGAUAAUUGGUUUAUAUUUAUUCUGCAGCAGUAGGCCCGCUUUUAAGUUAGUCUAACGUUUGACGGAACAGAUGGAGAUACGGCGUGUUUAACACGGGAAUGUUUUAUAAAAUUUAUUUUCUGAUUAUAAACUGACCUAAUUUUACAAUUAUGAUGGGUUAAUGUAAACACGACCUGGUUCUACAUUCUCCGGUACGGUAGGGGGCGGUAUGCGUCUAAAAGUUGGUGUUGCAAUCCGCAAACUAACGCAAGGAAGAAGAAGAACAAAUCAGCGCGCUGAAUUCGAGUCUCGUCUGUCUGACAGCACAGCGGACCGCCGAUAGUUUCUUGAUAGCCUACCAGGACUGUUGUUGAUGCUAGUAAUCAUAUGGAUAACGUAAAUGGUAUAAGUUUUACAGGAAUGGAGGUGGGAAACCAGAAGCCAAACGUUAAUGUGGAGGUCCAUGUUAAAUCUCAAAGCACAGCUAAACUGUCUGAUGUGAGGACACAUGUCCUGGCUCUGCUGAAUCGCCACAGCAUGGUUUUUGGAAAUUACAGAUGGACAGAGUUUGAUGAAGAAUUCCUGCAGAAGCAUGUGGAAUCUGUUGUUCUAGUUGAUCUUGGAGAAAUGCCUCUUGAUUUGGGGAACUGCUCUCUGUCCAUUCACAUCUUCACUCUGAAUGAGGAUGGACCCAGCACACUCAGUUUGGAGGAGGAUGAGGAGCUUUCAGCUGCCAAUCACUGGUUGCUGCCAGCAGCCGAAUUCCAUGGGAUUUGGGAGAGUCUGGUUUAUGAGAAUGGGGUGAAAACUCAGCUCCUGGAUUAUGUCACAACAAUGAUUUACUUCUCAGACAAAAAUGUUGACAGCAAUCUGAUUUCGUGGAACCGUGUUGUGCUUCUUCAUGGACCCCCAGGUACAGGGAAAACAUCCCUGUGUAAAGCUCUUGCCCAGAAGCUGUCAAUCAGACUGUCAAGUCGAUAUUCUUAUGGGCAAUUUGUCGAGAUAAACAGCCACAGCUUGUUCUCAAAGUGGUUCUCAGAGAGCGGUAAGCUGGUCACGAAGAUGUUUCAAAAAAUCCAGCAACUGAUUGAUGACAAAGAUGCUCUUGUGUUUGUCCUGAUUGAUGAGGUGGAGAGUCUGACAGCAGCCAGGAAUGCCUGCCAGGCGGGAACGGAGCCCUCUGAUGCCAUCCGAGUGGUCAACUCUGUUCUCACUCAAUUGGAUCAGAUCAAACGCCAUUCCAAUGUCGUGAUCCUGACGACCUCCAAUGUGACAGAAAAAAUAGACUUGGCGUUUGUGGACAGAGCUGACAUCAAGCAGUACAUCGGACCUCCAUCUGUGAAUGGCAUAUACAGCAUCUACCUUUCCUGCCUGGAGGAGCUGAUGAAGUGCCAGAUCAUCUACCCCCGGGAGCAGCUCUUCACCAUACUGGAGCUUGAGACGAUGGGCUUUGCAGAGAGUGAGGUGUCCGAGCACAGCCUGUACCUGAGGGACAUUGCAAUAAAAAGCAAAGGUUUGAGUGGAAGAGCACUCAGGAAAUUACCAUUUCUAGCCCACGCACUGUUUAUAAAGAUGCCGGCGGUGACUCUUGCAAGGUUUCUGGAGGCUAUGGACCGAGCAGUGGAGAAACAGAAGGAGGAAAAAACGAACCUGGUCAACAAUGUCUGAACUUAUUAAAGUAUCCAAAGGCUGACACGUGAGCCCUCAAAUGCUAUGCCUCGUUUGGAAAACCACAACUCACUCUGACAGCACCAUGUUGAAUAUGUUGACAAGUAUUAACAAAUGCUACCUUUAACAUAACUCUUCAUGCAGGUAAUUUUCAUGGUGCUACUAUCUUUAAAAGACCAAAUCCAUGUCAGUUUGAAUAUAGGCAGUUCGGUUUACAAUGCUUGAAUUAUUAAUGUGCUGUUAACUCGAAUGUUUACUCAGUUCUUAGUUUAAACGUGAUAUUUUUAUGUAACAUGAAGCUUUAACCUUAACAGCGCCAGCAUCUUCUUGUUCUCAUGUUUAAAGGGGCAUUUCAGAUUCGUAUUGGCAUGCAUUUUGUAUCGAUGCCACUGUGCACACAUUAACUCACUCCGUGGGUUUUGUUGGAGAUAUCCCAUUGAAAUGGCAGCUUGUCAGACAGAAUUUAAAAGCAGUCCCAAGACGGGCCCGAGGCCUCGGUGGACAACGAAGCAUCAGAAAUACAGAAGAGAUGAUGCAAUUUGCUGUGGAACAUUUUCUGAAUGCUGUGUGGUUUGAAGAGCCUAAACAUGCUGCUGUUUUGUUAGCUUUUUUUUUCUACACUGUUCAUGUGUUAUAUGUUUUAAAAAUGGAUACUCCUCACACACUAUCAGUUAAAAAUGCCUGUCAUAAUGUUUAUGCUAAUAACAAAUCCUCCUUAAGCUUUGUGAAUUCAUACAAUCAUUACAACUUUUUUUGGUAUAUAACAUUGUAAUAAACAAUACUGGUUAA